AUGCCAAACAGGCUCCCCUCAUCUUUUGUUUCGUCGACGGUACCCUGCGUAUAUGACAAUACCGUCAUUCUUGCGGCAACCCACCCCACAGUCUCGACCGCAGAUCCAUCAGACGAUGGGUGGUUCAUUUCGGAUUUUUAUGCCUUUAACUAUCUGUUGAAAGGCUUGGGCAUGCAUCAGACAUGGAUAACCGCAGCUGAUCCAAGAAAAUUAGUGGAGAAGUAUGGCGCAUACCUUCAUGGCAACCCGUAUGAGGAUCGAAAGGUCUGCCUCGAUAAAGACAUGCUAGACCAACAGCAAAUCACCCCAGUCACCAUAGUUCGCUCGGGUGAAAUGAUAGAUCGGGUUCUUUCAGAGGCAAAACGGGCGUCAGAAUUAGCGAAACAGCAUGAGGCGCCACUUCUACUACUCUUCUUUUGCCAUGGGCUACCGAAUCAUCACUUAUUAUUCAAUGAUGGAAACAGCCAUAAGGGUCUCAGCAUAGUCAAUCUCAAGGGCGUGCUUGAGCCAGGUGUGCGUGUGACUCUCCUUAGCACCGCUUGUUAUUCCGGCGGAUGGAUCACCACUCCCGAGCUCAACCACACCGCCAUGGCAGCUGCUGGCGAGGAAGACGAUCUAGCCGCCGGAACUUCGAAUGCCUGGGGUAUAUCCCAGAGCAUUGGGCGAAGUUGCGGGUCCGUGUUUGUAAGCACCCUGUUGAAGACUUUGUCUAGUGCGACAAGUCCUCUUCUCGAAGAACCUGGUCUGGACACAAGGCUAUCAGACCCACAGCAAAGUCUUCAACCAGAUAACCCCAAUAGCUUGCAGACUUUGAGCUAUAAUUCAUUUUGCGAUUCUGUUUGGAGUACAUGCGAAGAUCGCAUAACACGGCUCUGGAGCUUCCAACACUUCAGGUUUUGUGCCCAGGAUGAUGCCUGGGAAUACUCGUGGACAGGGAGAACAGGAAUCCCAUUGUCCCACUUUAGGAACCGGUGGGAUGGACUUAACUCCUACCCAUAUCAAGGGCCCAGUGAUAUCAGGGAUCUUAGAAAUCCACACCCGAAAAACACCACAUUUUUGGAGCAAGAUCCGAACAAAACUGCAUCGGGAAACCAGGUUAUUGAUGAAAUGACUGGCCAUAUAGCCCAUGGAAGACUAAAAGAAAUGGCCAGAACUUUCCACCAAACCUGUCCCGGUGAAUGGGAAGUGGUAAGGAGGUGGGCUUUGGAGGCACGCUCCGUGGAUUCUACGAGCGUGACCUGUUCCAGGAAAAAGCGCCGAUGUUUGAAGCGGCGAUACGCUUUAGGUGGGAGGCAGCCCUUCUCGCAGACUACAUUCUCGAGUUGUUUGACCUUCCUGCUCCUGACAAUGCCAAUGCCCGACUUGGAGGCACGUUGGCGGAAAAUGUACAAGUCCCUUUCUGGUUAUUUUGAGAUUCCUUGCUUGAGAGAGCAGGGCCCACCUUUCUACCGACCACUACAUUAUUUGGUCGCGGCCUUUUUAGAAGCUGAUAAACCAGAGCAUGAGACAAGUGCUAUAAUUUCCGCCAUUGGGGAUUUUAUAAGCACAGUUCGGAUGUUUCACCAGCAACGUCUAUAUAAGGACCAAGAAGUUCGGGGUAGAGGCCGCGAGUGGCUAAAAUCCAUCGGUCGGCGGGCUCGUAAGUCCCUCUCACCGCGUAAAAGGACAUGCCACUCAACAUCCGUCUCUUGCUAA